GGACAUUUUCAGGCUCUGCACUUCUCUCCUCCAGGAAGCUCAGCUCGGUCUCACAAUCAAGACAAGAUCAAGAAAAUGGUAAAGGAAACUGAGUAUUAUGAUGUCCUUGGUGUGACUCCAUCUGCUUCCGAGGAGGAGAUUCGCAAAGCUUACUAUCUUAAGGCAAGGCAAGUUCAUCCAGAUAAGAAUCCAAAUGAUCCUCAGGCUGCUGAGAGAUUCCAGGAAUUGGGUGAAGCUUAUCAAGCUCUGAGUGAUCCAGUCCAGAGAGAAGCAUAUGAUCGAAAUGGAAAGCACAGCAUAUCUAAGGAAACUAUGCUUGAUCCAACAGCAGUCUUUGCUCUUCUUUUUGGAAGUGAAUUAUUUGAGGACUAUAUCGGACAUCUAGCUGUGGCAUCAAUGGCCUCUACUGAAUUAGCUGGGGAAAGUAGCAUUCCUGAAAAACUACAUGAUAAGUUGAAGGCAACUUUUGGACUUGAUAUAUUACACACUAUUGGCUACAUUUACUCGAGACAGGCAGCUCAGGAGCUUGGGAAGAAAGCACUUUAUCUCGGAGUACCUUUUGUGGCUGAGUGGUUUCGCAACAAAGGACACUUCUGGAAAUCUCAGAUUACUGCAGCAAAAGGUGCUUUUCAGUUACUGCAACUUCAAGAAGAAAUGCGCAGGCAAUUUAAAACAGAUGGUAGUGCCCCUGAGAAUGAUAUUGAAUCACACAUACGUUUAAAUAAAGACACAUUGAUGAGCUCCUUAUGGAAAUUGAAUGUUGUGGACAUUGAAGUAACCCUUGUACAUGUGUGUCAAAUGGUGCUGCAGGAAAACAAUGUCAAGAAGGAUGAGCUCAAAGCUCGAGCACUGGCUCUGAAAAUUCUUGGGAAGAUCUUUCAGAAAAAACAAGCACAGAAUGGUGGAACAUCAAGGAGAAAAACUAGUGCUGAAAUUGAUGAUGAUGGAAGCAGCUCUGAUAGCAGUAGUGAAGAAGAUGAUUCACCCAGAGCACUUUCAUAUCGAACUCCUCUACUCACUCAGGGUAUUGGGAGACUCUUCAGAUGUCUCUGCAAUCCAGCAUUUGAUGUGGACGAUGAUGAGAUUGUGUACAAAAGCAAUACGAGGCAAGGGAGGUAAAUCAACAUCGUUACUGGACAUUGAUUACAGCAUUGUCUUCAAAAACAGGAUAUCUGAUAACUACAAUCGUGCUCCUGCUACCUCCUCCUAGCUAUCCACUGUUCUUGGAUCUGGCUGAGAAUUGUCAGUUGUAAAGGACUAAAGGGGAAAAAGAAUACACUUUGCAAAGAAAAUUUGAAUAGUUGG